GUUGAGGUUGUGCUGACGACAAGGUGUCAUCAGACGCUCGUCCGCUCGGCACUCGGCAGGUUGUUGAGUGAGGCGCCGAGGAGAGGAGGCCAGAAACCCACCAAGACCCAAGACCACAGCCACGGCACGCGAUGCGACCCACGCUGAAGCACAUCCUGACGAAGGGGGUUCUGGGGGCGGCGACGAAACCCCCCCGCAGGUCGCAGAUCACGCUGACUGCCGAGGAGGCGCGCCCUUUGGAGGCUGUGCCGGGCCCCGCGCGAUGGCCUGUGCUCGGCUCCCUGCCUGCGCUUCUAACGCAUCCCGCCGCGAACAGGAACCGCCUUUACCUCCUGACCGACGCCCUCUUUCGCGAAUACGGUGACAUCUUCCGGGUCCAUCUGCCGGGUCAGCCUCCGUUGGUGUUUGUCUGUCACCCGGAUGACAUCGAGCAAGUUCACAGGGCGAACUUUGACCUCCCCCACCGGGACUUCUUCGUCAGUUACGGUCACGUGAGGGCGCGGCAGAGCUUCUUCAGGAAGGGCCAGACUGGUGUCUUUACCGAACACGGCGAGGAGUGGUUGAGAGUGAGGAAGCGAGUCCAGCCGUACACGUCGAGGAUGAAGAAUGUUUCCUCUUACGUCCACCAGAUGGACUCAGUGACGCAGGAUUUCAUCGCGAGGUGGGCCACCCUGAGAAAUGACGAGGAGGAGCUUCCCGAGGACUUCCUCCACCAGCUGUUCCAGUGGGCAUUGGAGUCCCUAGGUCUUGUGACGCUCAACAAGCGCCUGGGGUAG